CUGCCUCAUCUGAAUCACAUCGAUCCAACGUAGCCAUCCUACCCUCUUUCGUAUCGCAUCACUACCAUCUUUUCCUCCUACUACAAGACAGCCAAGAUCUAGCAGCUAGUCGUCUUAUUCCUCGCAUCACCAACCGCACCUUCUCCUUGUCCUCUCACCUCUCGGUCAUCUCGUGCCGGCGAUGCCCCUCACUCGUGCUCGCCAGUCGUCUUCACAGGCGCACGAGCAGCACGAUGAUGGCAGCGAUGCUAUCAAGCAGCGCCUGACCCGCUCGUCUUCGUCAUCAUCGCCGCUACCCGUCGAAGUCCGCCUGCCUCCCACCCUCAACAAGGUCUUCGGUAGCGGGAGCAGGACUGGCAGCCUUCAUCGAACCGUCUCCUCUCCUGCUCAUCUACUGGCUCAGAGCAGCAGCAGCAGCGGCGGCGAAGGGAGCGCCUCUGACUCAUGCAACACCACCACCACCACCACGCCGCCAUCGACACGCCGCGGCACGACCUUUUCUCGCUCCACGUCCUUCACCUCGCGCAGCAGCCGUAGACGUCGCACCUCCUCACACGCGGCAGACUCCGGUUCAGAAUCAGACGAUGAAUCGCGGGCCUUCCACGGCAGACUCGGCGGUUGCAACUCGCAGAUCGAGACGUCAGACAAGCCUGAUGACAGCAAUAAGGAGAAUGUGGCGCCCAUUCGCAACGUAGGACACGCCGUACUCUCUGCCGAAGCGUUGCGUGCCCAAGAAGAAGCUACAGCCCGGGGCAACGGCAGGAGUGGCGCUGGAAUGGCCCGUAGCGCAAGUAGCAGCGGGCGUCUUUCCUUGACGAUGAGGCGCAGGGGUUCCAGCUCGUCCAGCUCGGUCAGUAGCUUCGUGUCCGCGACUACGGCGUCUACGGCCACGACGAGCAACGCCGCGCCCACUACGAGGAUCAUGACACGUAGGGCUGCGAGUCAACGCGCUGCUGCGAAAUCGCAAGCAUCCUCUCCUUCUUCCCCUUCCUCGCGUAAACGCUCUCGUGAUGGCGCCUCUUGCACCGACUCUCUUCCUGCCACUCCCAUGUCGCGUCUUCGCCUGGACAACUCCAGCCAGGGUAGCAACGAGGACGAGUAUUUUCCCUCUUCCAGCCAAGGGUCGUCCGCCGUCAGCUCUGUCUUCGACGAUACGGGCAGCAUGGCAUCCUCUCGUGGGACCACGCCCGGACGCGAUACAGAGGCGAUCGAUCCCGAGGAUAAAGCGACUACGCCCCCGCAACCCGAGUACAGCAACGUCUACGCUCAUGCUCGAACCUUGCUGCGGUACAAUGCUGGCACAGGAUUGGAGGAGCAAGACUCGUCCUCCUCAUCCGAGGUGCAAGUAGUAGGCCGCGACCUCGAGCGCAAAGCCCUGCAAGCCUUCAUGGCCCAGCACUUCAGCAGCUUCGCGCCUCCCUCUGAGUCGCUCGAGGACCUUCUAGACGGGAAUGCCGACUCUGCCUCUCUGUACAUUUGCGGACUCCCCGGCACAGGCAAGACGGCCCUUGUCCGCUCGGUCCUCUCUGAGGUCCUUGCCAACAAUACGACUUCCGCACCACCACGCGUCGCCUUUGUCAAUUGCAUGGCCGUCCAGCACCCUCGCCAAAUAUUCGUCAAGGUGCUUCAAGCCCUCGGCGAGGAAGUCAAGGGAGCGAGCGAGAGCCACAUCGAGGCGGAGGCAGAGCGUCGCAUGGACAAGAUGAUGGCUAGCACUGACGCCGUGGCGGAGCGCACUCUCAUCGUCCUCGACGAGAUUGACCAUCUCCUCGCGUCGCGCGCACAGCAGAAUGUUCUGUACCGCCUCUUCGCUUGGGCUUCUGGCUCCUCCAACGGUUGCGCCCUCAUCGGGAUCGCCAACUCCCUCGACCUUACCGAACGCUUCGUCCCCCUCCUCGCAUCAAAGGGGGCCGCCCCGGCUCUUUUGCACUUCAGGCCCUUCGAGAGCAAGGAGAUCACAGAGGUGCUCAAGGCUCGGCUGACUGGACUCAAGUCGCGAUAUGAUGGUGAGGAGGAGGAUGUCCACAUGAACGAGGCCGCUCAGCAGCAGCAGGCCGCUCCGCUCCACCUCUUCACCCCUCCUGCCCUCGAGCUGCUCGCCAGGAAGAUCGCAGCCGCCACCGGCGACCUCCGCAAAGCCCUCGAUGCUGCCCGUCUCUCCAUCGAGCUCGUAGAAGGCGAAGAGCGUACGCAAGCCCUCGCGAACUGUACGGCUUCUGGCACGGGGACGAACACCGAGGCUUCGAAACUCCUCAGCCACCUCACGCCCAGCUCGGCACCCAAGGUCGGGCCGAAGCAUAUCCUCAAGGUAGUGACAAAGGUGCUCGGAUCCCCGCACCUCGCCAAGGUCCGGGGCUUGGGAUUGCAGGCCAAGCUGAUGCUGGCGGCCUUGCUCAUCGCUGCGGCUCGAGCACGCGAAGGGAUGCCUGUUCUUGGGUCGAAGGGCCUGAAGAAGAGUGGCCCGUCUGGAGGUGCAGGGGAAGGAGAGGCGGUCAAGGUCUGCGAUAUCGAGAGCACGUACGUGUCGAUGCUUCGUGACGAUGGCAAUUACUCGGCUUUGGAGAGCUCGGAGGUGCUGGAGGUCUUUGAGGGAUUGGAGGUGCAGGGGAUACUGAGCCUCGUCACUGCAAGCGGGGAGGGGGGCACAGCGGAGGCGUCUACUGCUGCGGCUCACGCGUCGUCCUCCGGCUCAUCGAGCGUCUCACCCGGCGCCAAGCGUGCAGCUCGCAAGCACCUCGCGCACGCCUCUAACCGGCUCGCCCGCUUGCUCUUGCCAUCAGAGGACGUACGCAAGGGCAUCACCACCGUUGCCUCUCUCCUCGAGUCUCAACAGCCCUCCUCUGCCUCUGGCGAGGGGCUACCCACCGCCGCCGUUGUGGAGAGCAUCAAGCGCAUGCUGGUCACGGAGGAGGAGCGAAUCAGCAAGAGUCGCGGCUGGGAGGAAGGGGCGCGUCAGAGGGAGGAGGUGAGGAGGGCAGAGUUGGGUGGUGGAAGGGGUGCCGUGAUGUGAUCUGAUGUGACGACGAGGCUUCAUCUACGUACACGAGGGCGAGGAUCACCCGCUCUCUCUGGCUCCGUGCUGUGGAACAAGAGCAAAGACGCAGGUACUACUCAUGCAUAACGACUGGCUUGCUUUCUUUGACUCUUGGCAGUCCGUUCUUGUUUUGGCUCCGCGGUAGAAUGCAAUUCCUAUCACACGAUG